UUAAAGUCUUGUUAUUAUAAAUACGCAAUAGAUUUAUUAAAAAAAAAAAAACUUAUCCCAAAAAUAUAAAAAUCGUUGCGAAAGAGAACGAGUUGACUCAGUGGAAAAAUGGGAGAAGAGGUGACUCGGAUUAUGAUCGGAGUGAACGAGUCAAGCUUGAAGGGUUAUCCACAUCCUUCGAUCAGUAGCAAAGGUGCUUUCGAAUGGACGAUCAAGAAGAUUGUUCGGAGCAAUGUUUCUUCUUUCAAUCUUCUUUUUCUUCAUGUUCAAGUUCCUGAUGAAGAUGGUUACGAGGACGUGGAUAGUAUCUAUGCAUCUAAUGAAGACUUUAAGAACAUGAAAGAGAAAGAAAGGGUUAGAGGGACUCAUCUGCUGGAAUACUUUGUCAAUAGGUGUAAUGAAAUUGGGGUGUCCUGUCAAGCAUGGAUUAGGCAGGGCGACCCCAAAGAUGUGAUAUUGAAUGAGGUGAAACGGCUACGUCCAGAUUUACUAGUUGUGGGAAGCAGAGGUCUUGGACCUUUCCAAAAGGUUUUUGUUGGCACUGUUAGUGAAUUUUGUUGGAAGCAUGCUGAAUGCCCUGUCAUGACUAUCAAACGCAGUGCAGAUGAAACUCCAAGGGACCCUGUUGAUGACUAGUAUUUUGUAGAUUACCUAUGUUGGUGGAGUUGAAAAAUCAAAAAACAAAUAUUGGACAUAAUUCAGUAGUGUAUGAACUAUGGAAUUGUUCAGGGUAGGAACAUGAGCAUGAUCUCAAAGUUUAUUGAGCUUGCUUGCCCUUGUUCCCUCUCUGCUUUAUCUGUAUCUUUCUGCAUUUGUUGAUUUCUUUGAAUGUACAAAGCUAUCUGUUUGUGUGGUUUGUAUUCUGUAUUGCUUGUAAUACAAUUGUGAUAUUUUUCCAUUAUUUAUGUUAAAUUUGUAGAUGUA